AUGGGGAAGAAACGGCAAGGCAAGAAGAUAAGUGAGCCCUUGAAUGAAAACCCAACUGUAGUUAGUGGAAGCGACGUUCAUUUUGACUUUAGUGAGGAGAACAUGAGCGCUUCUACAAAGAAGAAAAUGAAGAACAAGAAGAAAAAUACGGCGAAGGUUGCGGAGGCUGAAAUUUACGAUAGCGAGGCAGAAUACCCUAGCUCCCGGGUAAUCAAGCGCGCUCCGAAUGGAGACGUUAUCGUUGAGACUUUGGCAGAGGAGGAAAAGCCUAAGCCGAAUCCUGAUCUUGGAAGGUCGAUUCCAACGAAACUGGACUCCCAUUGGGAGUCGCUCAGCAGCGAGGAGAAGAAGCGGAUUCUGCGCAUUGAGAAAAACGAGGUAUUCGAAGUGAUCAAGAACUAUCAGUCAAAUAACAACUGUAACUGCUCCGUUUGCGGACGCCGCAACGUGGCUAUGGAGCAGGAGCUGGAACAAAUUUACAAUCGCCUUUAUGAUAGUGCGAAACAAACCAAUUCAGAUACAGAUUUCGUGCUUUUCCAUUUGAAUAUGAUUAAAGAGCUUCAGCGCGCGAAUGCAACCGCUAACGCCGUUCCCAGCGUUGAAAGGGUAAAUGCGCCUUCGCAGGAGCCCACCUCACCACAAUACCUCGAGGACAUGCGGGAUGAAGCUGUCAAGUACUGCUUGUCGAACAAGGCUGUUGAGUCUUUGAAAGAGGAGGUUUUACAGUUCAAGCACAACAAACAGCGACAGCAGCAGUUACAACAGCAGCAGUUACAACAGCAACAACAGCAACAGCAUCAACCGCAGCUUAGACUUCAAGAUGAAGCCAAUCGCAUUACAGAACAGCGGUUUGAGCCAUUAGUUUCUCAGCAAACCCCGCAUGAUCUCCAACCAACUAGAAAUGAUGAGCAAUUGAAUCAUUACUCGCUGCAUGAGGAAGAUACCAAGUUACAACAAGAACUUAUACAUGAUGAGCAUAAGAAUCUGAGUUCCACGGAGCACCAUGACAAUGAGUUCCUUGAUCUUCCAAAUGCUGCUGGCACAGACAACAAGAAACAUGUGGAACCAAUGUUUACAGGAGAAGCUGUGGCAUCGCUGCCGACGGGACCGCUGCAGUCUCAAGACAUGGCCUCAAACGACGAUGUCAAGAAUAGGUACAUGGACUUUGCGAAGGCAUUUGUAUCAUCCCAUCCAAAAAUCGCGCAUGAGUACGUUAGUCGAAUGAUGAUGUACCCUGACAUGCGAGCUCUCACAGAGGAUCUCAUGUACAAUAAUGGACAAAGCUUCAUAAAGGCAAUGGAAGAUUAUGUUGUUCAAAAGGACAAAUCCCCUGAACAAUCCCAAGAAAAUAACCAUAUUGGGUCUCUCUUCGAGGAAGGGGCCCCAUUAACUCCUGAUCAGUAUGCUAACAUACAGCGGCACAUUGCUCAGGGCAUGACAGAUCGCAUGAAUUUCGAAAAGGGUGAUUUCAAAGGAGCUUUGGAAGGUGAGGGGAAAGGCCUGUUGGAACAGUUUCUUGCGGGCGAAGACCCUAUCAGCAUGCUCCUGAAAUCAUUCACAAAACAAAACGGUGUUUCAGGAGACCAAUUGAUAGCCAAUCAAAAUAUUCAGGAGGAGAUUGAUUAUGAUGAUGAGGACGAAUAUGACGAAGAAGAGUACUCUGAUUAUGAGGACGAGGAGGAAUCUGAGUAUGAAGACGACGUGUAUGAGGAGGAAAACAACAAUGGACAAUACCACCACCACCAAUACCACCACCACCACUCACAUACACACCAUCAUGAGGAGGAGCUAGAACUUGAAGAGGAGGAGGUCAGCACCGCCGGAAAUGAAGAAGAAUAUGACAGCGGGAUAGAUGAACAGGAACGCCUGGAAGAGGGGAGGAGAUUGAUUCAAAUUGCUAUAACAAAGCUGCUACAAAAAAAGCUUGUUGAUUCUUACCACGAAAAGCAGGCUGAAAACAACAGACUAAGGCUUCUUCAAGAGCUUGAGGCCGAAGAACAAAAAAAGCGUGAAAAAGAGGAGAAAAAACAACGCAAGAGAGAGAAGGAGAAAGAGAAGAAGCGCGCUCAGCAACAAGCUAAAGAGCAAGAGAGGCGCAAAAAAGAGGAAGAGGAUGCAAGGCUCAAGAAAGAAGCUGAAGAGCGUGAAAUGCAAAGAAGGGAAGCUCAACGGCAAAGAGUUGAGGAAGCUAAGCGGAAGAAAGACGAGGAGAGACGAAAGAAAUUAGAAGAGCAGAGGCGUAAAGAAGAGGAGCAGCAGAAACAGAAGAAGUUGAAAGAAGAGCAAAAGCGUAAGCGUGAAGAAGAAAAGCGCCUAAAGGAUGAGGCUAAGAAACUAAAAGAAGAGGGAGCAAAGAGGCAAAAGGAGGAGGACGCUAAGAGACAAAAGGAGGAGGAAUUGAAGAAACAAAAGGAAGCGAAGAAGCUCGAUCAGGAACGAAAGAGGCAACAGCAAGAAGAAAGCAAGACACAAUAUCAGGCCCAGCAGAAACAUAUGGCGGAAAGUAAUUUUAAUCGACGCCAAAGUACGCCCCCUGAGGCAGUUCCUUAUGGAGUUCCUAAUGCGCCUUUCAAUGAUGAAAACCAUAACGACUUGUUUCACAUGAUCAAUGAGGCAGCUUCAAAGUCUCUCUCAUCUUCUUCUUCCCACCUGCAAACGCUGCUUCAGCCACAAUUAUCCCAGCCGGACCUCCAGCACCCCCAUACAGGUGUCGCCUUGAGCGGAGCGCCUCAAUCCAACUGGCAAACCUCCGGAAAUUAUGCGCCACCAUAUGAGCCUUUGGCUAGUAAUGUUAAAGGCCUGGAUAACUCUUGGAGUAGCAGAGGUGGGAUCUUCCAGACCUCCCCAAGUGUUACUCAACCCCACCUAAGCGCCCAGCAAAGCUCUUCAGCUCAGCCUUCCUUACCACAGUUUGCUCAAUUUGGUAACACGGCUAGCGAGCGCAAGAAGUCUUUCAACGACGAGCUCAGCGACCUUACGAAUUUCCUAUCUUCAACUUCUUUGAGCGGAAACCCGGGUAGCUCUACCGGAGCCCCUGGUUACAACAUUCCAGACACUCUAUGGUCUUCGGUAGACCAAACAACGCACCCUGCUAAUGCUCCCUUCAGUGGUACGACAUCAUCUGUUCCACCUUUGAGCAUUGGUUCUACCGCUCACCGAAAGUCAAUAUGGGAGAACGAAGCCCCACUGAACCCCACCAACGCCAGCCCUGGUUUGAGGAACCUAUCAACGAAUAUUUGGGGUGACAUUCAGUCUAACCCAAACCAGGUUCCUUCUGAGUCUUUAACUGACGUCGUUGUGAAAUCCUACGCUCUUUUGAGCCGCGAGUUCAGUACAGACUACGUGGACGUCGAGAAAUUAUAUCACACAGUGUUCUCUCUGAUGAAAGAUAGCUCAAAUCUGGCGUAUUCAAAUUUCCUAGGUCAUAUCUUGACGAUGAGAGCAACCCACAACUGCGACGUGGUUUCUAACCAAAGCGGCGCGAUCACUCACGUAAAGAUUCCUUAUGCUUACUUGCAAUCUCAGCAGCCUCAACCGGGCUUCUUGCCCAGCUCUGAGCUUCCUCGCAAUCAAAGUUCCUACAAAGGUGGUGACUUUUCUAAUGUUUUGUUUGAUGAGCUAUACAAUGGCGCUUCAGGCACCAUGCCUCCAGUCCAAAGACCAUUGCCCAAUUCCACACCUGUCACUCAAGGUGGCUCCAAUCAAUUUAGCUAUAGCCAGCCCUUCAGUCAAUCAGGCACUAACAACAUCUGGGGCUGA